AUGAGGAUGAAGGUUCUACUACGUGUUCAUGAAGUGUGGGACACAAUCGAACCUGGUUCAGACGAUCAAAAGAAGAACGAUGUUGCGAUAGCUCUUUUGUUUCAAUCUGUUCCCGAAACAUUGAUUCUCCAGGUGGGAGAACAAACCGCAUCAAAAGAGAUCUGGAACGCCAUCAAGUCGCAACACCUAGGAGCUGAUCGUGUAAGGGAGGCGAGACUUCAGACGUUGAUGACAGAGUUUGACAGGUUGAAGAUGGAUGAUUCAGAUACGGUCGAUGACUUCGCGGGGAAGAUAUCGGGCCUAUCAUCCAAAGCAACCUCAGGAAGAGGACGGAACGGUAGAGGCAGAGGUCGAGGAAGGUCACACAACCAAAACCGUGCGUCACACACCGAAGAUAACAACUCGGAAAAGAAUCGCUCAAAGCUGAUAUGUUGGAGAUGUGACAAGCCUGGUCACUACGCAACUGUCUCUCCCGAGAAGUCAGAGAAGGAUCAAGAAACCAACCUAAACGAGACAGAAGAGGCCGAUGCACUCUAUGUACACGAGGUGGUGUUUUUGAACGAAGAUAAGGUGAUUCCGAAGAAUCUUGAUAUCAACAAAGGCGAUGCAAGUGUCUGGUAUUUGGAUAAUGGAGCGAGCAAUCACAUGACAGGGAAUAAGGAGUUCUUUUCGAGUUUGAAUCUCAACACCAAAGGGAAGCAGACGCAUGUCUAG